AUGACUCUACCCAAGCCUAUAAAAACACACAUAGACCGGACAGAGAGCAUAAAGUGGAAAGAGUUGCACACCUCCAAGGGAUCACAAUUCCUCGUAUGGGCGGCCACCUAUGUGGUAGAAGAUGUAGAGGCAAACAAGCCAGGCAACCAAAUGUGGGACGAUUUCCAACAACUCUGCCUUAAGAAAGCAAAAGCAACCUUGGGAGUAUCGCGCGGAGGACUGCGCCUGAAUAAGGAGACAUCCUGGUGGAACGAGUGUGAGAGAUCUAAAAAGGCAAAGAGAGAAGCGUUCAAAUUGUGGCAAAAAUCAGACCUUGAAGAAGACCGUCUAGAGUAUAAAAGCCACAAGAAGAUAGCAAAAUCUGCCGUAGCACAAUCCAUAGCGAAAUCUAGAGAAGACUUCUAUGACAAACUAGAAAAGGCGGAUACUGAGAAUACCAUCUACAAAAUUGCUCGACAACGCUACAGAUCCACCCUCGAUAUUAAAACUAACAAAUACAUCAAGGAUACCCAAGGCAAACUGCUAACAGCAAAUAAAGAUAUCAACGGCCGUUGGAAGGAAUAUUACGAACAACUAAUGAACGAGGAAUUCCCCAGUGCACUUAUGCCAUAUGCGCCUGCCACCCAGGGACCUAUAAGCUACAUAGCAGUUGAGGAAGUAAAGAAGGCAUUAACAAAAAUGCAGUACCCUGGCUGA